ACAAACCACUUUAUUCUUAUAAACAGUCACCUCUAAAUGUGUUUUGCUUUACUCUAAUUUAAAGUUUUCUCUGUUUGAAAUGAGCUUGGCACGGGUUGCUUAUGGGAGCCUGGUAACCACACGUGGCAGAACAAUCGAUUACAGAGAAACUAUUUUUGCAUCUAAAGGAACUGGAGAAACAGUUGAAAAUCUACUUGAGAUCGUAGCUAAAUCAAAGCAUAAAUCCUGAAAAUGAAGGUAACGGUCACUGGCGAGGAUGGUUCCAUAUUCACUCUAGAUGUGAGUGUUGAUUUAGAAGUGGAAAACUUUCGUGCGUUGCUUGAGUUUGAGUCUGGCGUACCGGCAUCGGAAAUUUCGCUGUAUCACGAUGGCGUACAACUCAGCGAUCCAAAGAAGACUCUCACGGCGUAUUCUGUUAAAGAGAAUGAUGUAAUACUCAUGGUUAGAAGACAAGCUAGACAUGCGGACAGAAAUACAGUGGCACCCCCAUCUGGGCAGCCCAUGGCGAUAGACUGGGGACAGAUUCAGCUUCCUGGAAAUAACCAAUCAAGAACUCAACCUGCCCCCAGCACGGCACCACCACCAGCUGCCAAUCAAGAAAGCCCAGAAUAUAUCAGAGACAUGUUCCUCAAUGACCCCCAUCAAAUGUCACUUCUCAAGGAGAGGAAUCCUGAACUUGCAGAUGCUUUAAUCAGCGGGAACCUACAAAAGUUUGCUGAUGUCCUCAACAAGCAGAGACAAGAAAGAGCCGAGAGGGAAUUGCGUCGAAUCCGCACAAUGAAUGCUGACAUGUUUGAUGCUGAGGCUCAACGAGAGAUUGCCGAGGAAAUCCGCAUGUCGAACAUCAACCAGAACAUGGAAACGGCAAUGGAAUACUCACCUGAAUCAUUUGCUAAAGUCAUCAUGUUGUAUAUCAAUAUCAAACUGAAUGGCUAUCCUGUCAAGGCUUUUGUAGAUUCUGGUGCACAAAUGACAUUUAUGAGCUCAGCUUGUGCAUCAAGGCUCCAUAUUGAACGGCUUAUUGAUCAUCGAUGGUCAGGAAUAGCACAGGGUGUUGGACAGCAAAAGAUUGUUGGUAGGGUGCACUUGGCGCAGAUUCAGAUUGAAAAUGAUUUCUUACCCUCGUCAUUCUCUGUCCUUCAAGAUCAGGCAAUGGAUCUGAUUAUUGGUUUGGAUAUGCUUAAAAGGCAUCAGUGCUGCAUAGACUUGAAGAGCAAUGUGCUACGCAUUGGCACAACUGGUACAGAGACUCCUUUCUUGUCCGAGUCAGAGCUUCCAGACACUGCUAGACUUUCAUACAAUCCCCCUGAAGAGGGUGGAUCCAUGCAAGAAACAGAAGACCGAAAUUUGGCUGAGGCUCUGUCAAGGUCUGCAGAAGAAGCAGGCACACAGAGCUCUGCAGGAGCUGAUUCUGCAACUUCUACGAACACUAGCUUCCCUGAGGAAAAGGUCCAACAAAUCGUGAGCAUGGGCUUCAGUCGCGAGAAGGCCCUGGUAGCUUUGCAGCAAGCUCAUGGUGAUGCUAAUCUUGCCGCUGCCAAUCUUCUAGCUCAGUCAAUUCAAGUUCCUAAAAUGUCCUAGCAUAUUUUACGUCCAUGAUAUGCUAGAAGAAUUUGUUUAAAGCAAUAUUUCAUUAUUUUAUAUAAUUUUAUUUCAUUGUUUCGAUAUUUGCAGUGUUACAAGGAAAGUAUUUUGAAAAUUCAUUGAAAUUUCUGCAUGGUUUUGAUUGAUUUCCAUGCCUCCAAUAUUAGAUUUCGUUUCCUCUGGGAUAACUUGAGCAGAAAAUAACCAACAAAGGCCAAGUUCACAUGCGUAGCAUUUCAAUGUAAACAAAGUAUACUGAUAAACAAUUAUUUUUAAGGCUAGUAUCUUCUGUCGCAACGAAAUUAAGCAUUUGAUAUGGAUUGUUUGCGAAGUUCCUUACCCUGGAGCAGCAUUUAGGGAAUUUAAGUUUUUUUUUUUUUUUUUUGUCACAUUGAGUUUUAUCUCGUACGUUUAUCGUUAUAAUCAGAUAUAAAAAUCGUUAUAACGUUCUGAUGGGCCUGAUAUUUUGUAAUGAUAACUUUCACCAAUCUAGUUUCAGUAAAACAUAAUUUCUAUUUAUCAGGGACUGUUAUUAUGUACAAAGAUUUCUAGAUUUUUCGGUUAGCUCGAAAGACAUAAAAUAUUUUAAUAUAUAUUUUUUUCAAUCGUGUGCUAGUCUUGUAAGCUAAUAGUUGUUUUACAGGAAUAAACGAUGCAUAAAUCAUUAUCCAUCUCCUUUAACGUAUAACUUAUUUUAUUACAACUUAAACAAAAACUCAUUUUGCAUAAAUCUUCUUUUCUUUACUAGAAAAGGUCACCUAAAAGAUGAUCGCACACUAAGCAACAGCUACAACGAAACUGGACACUUAAAAUGUUUUGCGAAGUUCCAUAUUUCCUUAGAAACUAUUAACAAAUAUAAAAGUAAAAAGCGAGUAUUGCAA